AUGGAGACAAUCGACCCGGCCACGGGCCAGCAGCUGCCCGCAGACGCCAUCCAGCGCGUGCUCUACAUCGCCAACAAGGUCCACGUCUACAACAUCCCGCCCCUCGCCUCCACGAGGGGCUACACCGCCGCCGCCUGGACCGAGGACCCCAAGCGCCACAUCUUCACCGUGCGCCUGCGCAUCAUGGAGACGGCCGUCCCGUGCGGCGGCGGCGGCGGCGGCGGCGGCGAGGAGGACCAGGACGAGGUCAAGACGGACAUCGUGCUCGAGGACCCCUCGACGGGCCAGCUGUUCGCCGCGGCGCCCUACACCGACCCGGGGGUCGUCGAGGCCGCGCUCGACAGCUCCCGCUUCUUCGCCCUGCGGGUCCGGGACCCCUCGGGCCGCAAGGCCGUGCUGGGCAUCGGGUACGAGGAGCGCAGCGAGGCGUUUGACUUUGGCGUCGCGCUCCAGGAGGCGCAGAAGGGCCUCGGCUUCGGCCCCGGCGGAGCGGCGGCGGCGGCGGCGGCGGCGGGAGGAGGAGGACCGUCGUCGAGGGCCAAGGCCGAGGCCAGGGCCAAGGCCGAGGAGGAGAGGCGCGACUACAGCCUCAAGGAGGGCGAGACCAUCACGGUCAACCUCGGAGGGAAGUUCGGCCGCAGGAACAGGCCGUCGCAGGAGUCCUCUUCAGGGGCCGAGUCUGGCAACUUGUCGUCGUUUGCCCUGCCUCCCCCGCCGUCGGCAGGGCCGGCAAAGGGCGGCCCGUUCUUGCCACCUCCGCCGAGCGCUUCCGAUGUGAGGUCCAAGAGAAGAUCUGUGCAAGAGCUGGGCUUUGAUGACGGUCAGUUUGGAGAGUUCGCCUGA